AAGAAAAAUAAAUGUACUGGGUCAUAGUGGCAUGUAGCACCAAUGCAUCCUCAAUGUUCAACUAUUUGCCACAACAAAUGAAGGUGAUGACAUAAAACAGUAUUCAUUUAACAUUCAAUAACUAAUCUGAUGUAAUAGUAGACCCACAGACAAUUCUCAGCCCAAAACCCCCCAAUCACUGAUUGAGAAUCAGGUUUUGUUGUUGCCAAGUGUAUGAAUUACAGCAUUGCAAUAUGUGUUCCCUCUAGAAUCCAACCUAAUCCAGUUUUAGCCUUCUAGCAAUCUGCAGGAGAAUGUAUGUCUUUACCUAAAUUUAAAAUGGAUUUGUUAGGAUUAAAGCAUUGCAGGGUUAGAAUUUGCUGCCGUAAACAAUUUGUAUGCAACCAAGUUCUGCUCUAUCCCUUCUAUGUGUCGGAAAAUGACCCGAUAUCCAGGAAACUAGUCCCCAUAUCAACGUGAUGCUUAUGCAAAUAUUUAACGUAAGUAAAUGCAAUGCAAUACAUGCAUGCCUUAAUGUAUUAAAAUAACCCACUCAUAAAAUAAUAGGAUAUUAAAGUUGACAUUACACACACACAAACAAUAUUGCAUCUUUCACCUUGUGUUGUGUUUUACCACUACGAUUCAAAUGCUGUAAUGGUUUCUGUCCUUUUCUUGUGGUUGUGGUUUACAAUUGUAUCUUUUCACGCUUGGAAGCAAUAUUGCCCAUGUUAUCAUAAUAACACAGCAUUAUUUAACGUCUAUGACAAUACUCCAGUUUCUUACAGCCGUUGUAUAUAGCUUCACUUUCAAAAGUACGUCACGUUAUCGUCAACCACAUCUCAUUGCUCAAAUACGACGACCAAAAAAAUUGCAAUCAAGUCAAUUUGCGAACCAAACGGGAGCCAAUGGUAUUCGUGUUCUGUGUCACGUGUCAUUUAUGCCCAAUCAGAGCGUUGCAGGAUGAUCUCGCGUUAGGUUGAGUCGGAUACAGCUGUUGAGAGAACUGAUAACGUAUAGUCAAAUAUCGUCACUGUUUUUAGUUGUUUCGAAACAUAUUUUUAAUUUGUUGAUUUGUCUAUGGCGCAACACAACCUCCGUAAUUCGCUAAACGGCUUUUAACAGGAUGAAAAAGCUGAAGAGGAAGAAAGAAACCGCAGGAGUCGGGUUGAAUGGGACUGGAUCUGUCACCAGAGAAACAAAUUGCGGAAGAAAACAGAAGUUGGCAGAGAUCCACCAGGCUUUGUUCAGUGAUCCAGUGGACAUUGAGACUCUGAGGAGAGCAGCAGCCAGUAAGGGAGGACUGCUCACUAACGACGUGAGGAGGAAAGUCUGGCCCAAACUGCUGAACGUCAAUGUGUACGAUCUACCACCUAAACCCGGUCGAGAUGUGAGGGAGAGCCACAAGGACUACAACCAAGUAGUCCUGGAUGUCAGGAGGUCCAUGAAGCGGUUUCCCAAAGGCAUGGCAGCCACACAGAGAGCCGUGCUCCAGGAGCAGCUGACUGACAUCAUUCUGGAGGUUCUGAAAUGCAACCCUCAGCUUCAUUAUUACCAAGGCUACCACGACGUGGCCGUCACUCUGCUGCUGGUAGUCGGGGAGCGGAUGGCCCUCGCCAUGCUGGACACGCUGUCCAAUCACCACCUCAGGGAUUUCAUGGAUCCAACCAUGGACAGCACCAAACACAUUUUAAACUACCUGAUGCCCAUAUUGGAACAAGUUGAUAGAGAACUACACGACUUCAUGAUCAGAUCCGAGGUGGGAACCAUCUUCGCACUGUCCUGGCUCAUCACAUGGUACGGACACGUGCUGUCAGACUUCAAACACACCAUGAGGCUCUACGACUUCUUCUUGGCGUCGCACCCGCUGAUGCCCAUCUACCUCGCCGCCACGAUCGUGCUGCACAGAGAGGAGGAGGUGAAGAAGACCGAGUGUGACAUGGCCAUGGUCCACCACCUCCUCUCACACAUACCCCAGGACCUCCCAUACCAACUUUUGAUCGGUCGGGCCGAGGACCUGUUCCAGCAGUAUCCGCCGCCUCUACUGGCCAAGCGGGCCACGCUGCAGUCUCACAAGAGUCUGUCCAUCAGCACCUUUCAGGCCUUUCAGUUAUCCACCCUCCACCAGAGGCCCAACUCUGUUCUGCAACGCCUCACCAAAGAACGGGUCUCCAACUCCAGACACGCCUCUCGACACUCCGGUCAGGACGCAGCUCCGCCCCGAGACCGAGGCCAGCGGUGGGGGAGCGGCGACAGGAUGGUGAAGAUGGCAGUGUGGGGGCUCUCCGCCACGCUCGGGGUGGCCGUGUUCGCCGUGGCUCAGACGGCCUUGGGCUGGGGACCCGAGGUGUUACAGCAACUGUUCUGACGUGGCGGUGGGGGAUGUGGACUGACGCGUGGUGACAGCAGACACACGUCGGCUCCUAAACCCGUAGAGUCACUCCUAUAGACAAAGACUUGAAGCGCCUCCCUCCUGCUGAGAGGAAUCCUCGGACAAAAACAGGACUAGGUCCUUUAUCUUGCCAAACAGGUUGUUGCUACACAACCAUUACGAACAUAUGUACACCGCCAGAGUACCACAUUUGAGCUCCGACCGACUCUGAAUGGGCCUCCGACCGGUUGGGCCCAGCUCACUUUUAUUUUUCCAAAUGACCUCAAAUGGCCAACCUGUUUGGCAAAAAACAACCACGGGCAUGCAAAAUGACCGAGGAGAGACUCUAAUGCCUUUCAGUCGUUAUGCGACUGCUCCCGUGUAGGGGGUGCGGUGGGCUCGAACGUGUUUUAGCCCAAGGGCCCAUUGUCUCAUUAUCCAUCCGAGACACGUGUCUCUGUGCGUUUGUUGUUGGCUGAUCAUUUUGCUGAUAAGUCUUUCUCAGAUGGUCAUGCUUGUCUCGCUGUGUUUCUGGAGAUGGUGUUUCACGGCCCCCGUUGGCUCAGCAGUCGUAUCUGAGAGCUAAAAGUGCCCGUAGCCAGCGCGAUGACACAGGAAUACAAAUUAUUAAAGAGUGGUGUUUUCUGCUGAAAGCUUCCAGUUAUGAGUGAAGAAAGAGAGCGGGAGAGAAAUGGGAAAGAUGGCGGGAGAGAUUUUGCCUGUAAGCCACUUGUAUUAAUUGCUUUACUGCAGGUGUCAGCGAGUUACAUUAACAGUAGAGUUCCCUGCUGCCCAAAAUGUGAACAUUAUACACAGUUAGCACUCUGCACUGAAUGCACACAGUAGGUCCUUUUCAGAUGCAUUGAGGCUUAAGAUGCAGGAGGCAAUGGAAUACAUUUACAUCUGUUUUUUGUGUGUUUUCUGUGGCAGUUUUCUGGAUGUUGUGGCCUCGCACUGCUGAAUGAAUUUUCGGAAAACACCAGUACUUUUACGUUCCUGAAAUAUUUAUCAGGCUUGCCCCAACAUGCACUCUGAACAGCCAUCAAUAGAACUACAGUGCACUACAGAACACUCAGUUCUUCUGCAUCAUAUUUCUCUCCAGCAUUUUACAGCUAAAGUGAUUAUUUUAACAUUUGUGAGAAAUUGUGUUUUAUUUCACACAGCCGGUAGAUGUUGUUGCCACAAACGUAAUCACUGACUUUUGGCGCCUGAAUAGUGAUUAUUAAUAAUACAGGCAGUUUCCAACUGGGGUAGAUAUAUAUGAAACGGGGGGGUUCUCCAAACAGCGAUGUGUGCUCUGUGUGUCGACUUUGAUUCUGCAAUAUUUAUCAGCUUUCUACUAGCAUGUUGCCGAGUUGCAUCUAACACAAAUGAACCUGGGUCACAACACUCUCAAACGCCCCCCCCCCUCCCCCCUUCCAUCUCCC